CGACUGGAAAACCUGGGUCGAUACCUCCUAUUAGUUAUUAUGGCUCCGGGCAUAACUUAUCUUAACCUUGUGUAUGAGGAUGGUAUACCAAUAUAUGGGACUCCAAGCGACUAUUACGCCGAGCUUGGGGGAUAUAGCCCUCAGCGUUCCUCUCCCGUCCCAUUUACGCAAAAUGUCGUCCAUCAUUCUCUGGAUGGCGCUCUGUGGGAUGUCAAUCCAUGGACGGAGAUGGAUACAAAAAAAGCGUACAUGUGGACAGCCAGUGAGCAAUACAAAAGCUGCUUCUCCAUACCCGUCGCCUCGGAGAAGAUACAGCAGCUUUAG